CUUUGUGUUGCCAUAAAGUCAAAAGUACAAACACAGCUCAGCAACCAAACAGAGCAUAAGGAAACCAAUGCGAGUGGGAAGAACUUGGAUUUCCAGUAAACCACCUUCAACUAUUUCGUGGCCCACCUUCAACAAUCAGUGCGCUUUUGCAUUUUUCUACGAUAUUUACAACGCACUCUAACGCACGCAUACCGGAGACCAUGACCACGGCAACAACCGACGACGAAGAAUACGACCGACCCAAAGCGGUGAAGGAAUUCGACGAUUCCAAGAUCGGCGUCAAAGGCCUUGUCGACUCCGGCAUCACCACCAUCCCUCGCUUCUUCGUCCACCCACCCGAGACUCUCUCCGACCUCAAAUCCGGCUCUGCAGUCGGAUCUGGACCCGAUUUCAUCCCAGCCAUCGACCUCGCCGGGGUCGACUCGGAUCAUGGCCGCUCUGUUAUCGUUGAGCAGAUCAGACGCGCUUCCUCCACCGUAGGAUUCUUCCAGAUUGUCAACCACGGUGUUCCGCUGGGAGUUCUGGAGCGUGCGAUGGCCUCCGUCAAGGGCUUCUACGAGCAGCCGACGGAUAUAAAGGCACGGUUGUAUACUAGAGAGAGGGGAAUCGGCGUUUCCUACUUUUCCAACCUCGACUUGUAUCAUUCCAAAGCCGCCAGUUGGAGGGACACCCUCCUGGUAAGACUGGGGCCGAAGGUGGUGGAUGAGGAUGAAAUCCCUGAGAUAUUCAGAAAGGAGGUGAUUGAGUGGGACCGAGAGAUCAAACAGCUGGGAGAGCUCUUGGCGGGGCUGCUUUGUGAGGGGCUGGGAGUGGAGGCUAAUAGGUUGAAGGAGAUGACAUGUUUGGAAGGGAGAGUGAUGGUGGGGAACUACUACCCGCACUGCCCACAGCCUGAUCUAACGGUUGGGCUUGCGUAUCAUACAGAUCCAGGGGUGUUGACGGUGGUGCAGCAGGAUCAUGUUGGUGGGUUGCAGGUUAAGUAUGGUGGUGUUUACGUGGAUGUUAAACCUCUCCCUGGAGCUCUUGUUGUUAACAUUGGGGAUUUGCUUCAGAUCAUAUCAAACGGAGAAUACAAAAGUGCAGAGCACCGAGUGUUGGCGAACCCCAAGAAUGAAGCACGAUUGUCGAUGACGCUUUUCUUCAACCCAGGGAAUAGAGAUUCGUUGUAUGGACCGUUGCCGGAGAUAAUCUCAGCACAGAAACCUGCAAUUUACCAGCACUUCUCGUUAAUGGACUUCAUGACCAGGUUUUUGGGAAAGGAGUUGGAGGGCAAAUCUUUGGCAAAUUACUAUAAGCUGUGAAACACUAAUGAUUAAUGGCCUGAAACAAUGAUUACCAUAUAGAGUACCUACACACGAAAUUAUAUAUACAAAAGAAAAGCAAUUGCCCCAUAGUAGUGGAAGACCUAAAUUCAUCGACAUUACCUUGCCCUCAUGGUGCCUUUUGCUAACAUUGUGCAUGCACUUGUGAGAUUUGUGUUCCAUAUUGAGAUAGUGUAAAAAAUAAUAAUGGUUAAUAUAUCUAAGUGGACGCUUGAAAUAGUGUCAUAAUAUGUAUAUUAAUUUACUCUUGUUUAACUCUUUUGAUGUUUGUCUCUCCAACAAUUAGUAUCAGAGCCUAUGGUUUGGUUAGCUUCCGCUAUUGCUAAUAUGAAUGUCUUGGUUUGAUGCGUUUGAGUAGUUUCUCUUGGAGUACGCGUGAUACUCUUGUGUGUGAGGGAGUGUGGUCAAUGUGGAAGAGACUCACAAGUGAUGGGAUAGUUAUUGUGCAUGCACCUAUAAGGUUUGUGUCCCACAUUAGCUUAUGCUUUUGAGUUAGAAGUAGUAUCCUAAUAUGUAUACUAAUUUACUCAUGUUUAACUCUCUUGUAUUUU